AUGGAACUGCUACGCAGGGUCAUUUUCUUUUCCGCUCUUGCAGGCAGCAUCGCGCAGCGAUCUGGCGUGGCGGCUUCCCCAUCAGGAUCCAGGCUCAGCUAUCGCUAUUCUACCUCCACGGACACUUUCCUUCAAGGAAGGGCCUACAAGCGAAGCAGCCUCUCCCUGGAGAGCACCGUCGUUGUUGAAGUGCUGGCAAAAUGCCACCGGGUUUUAAAAUUGCAGGAUGUACAAAUCAAGACAAUCUUUGAAUCAAGGGAGAGGCCGCACGUGGAAAAUAACCAUUUAAGGGGAAUCCUGGAGAGGCAUCCACUCUGGUUUUGCUUUCAUAACGGGAAGAUUCUGAAGAUCUUCCCCCAGGACCAGGAGCCGACCUGGGCUCUCAACCUCAAACGGGGCAUCCUCAGCGUUUUCCAGACGUUACCGGGAGCAGCCGUAAACAGCAGUGUGGAAGAGGUGGAUAUCAUGGGGAAAUGCCCCACGGAGUAUCAGCGGAGAGGCGCUCUCCUUUGGAAAACGAAGCGUCUAAACCUGUGUUCCCACCGCUUCUCUGGAUCCGCUUCUCUCAGGUCCACAGCCCUGCCAAGUGCUGCAGAGCAGCUUCCGUCCUCCAGCCUUGAAUGCAUCCAGAGACUGGAGGAAGGGAUCCUGCUGGAAGCCAAAUGUACCGACUCCCAUCUCAUCACACCUCCUGGAAGGGCAGGCAGUGGAGUGAUGACCCAGACGCAGACUUCACUGAAGCUGUUCCGAACGGAAGCGGACAUCUUGGCACGGGAACGAGGAGACCCCAAGGAAAAUUACGAAAGCAGCUUGCUGUAUGAAAAGGAAAAACUGACUGUGUUGUCCACAGAGGAGGAAGUGGCCGCUACACUGCAGAAGCUCUGCAUGAAACCGGCUGUGGAUGCUGAGUCUGCAGAUCUGUUCGUGGCGCUGGUGUUCGAGCUCCGGUCCCUCUCGGCAGGUGCCCUGUUGAGCCUAUGGAGGACAGCCUCAUCUGCGUGUCGAGGCGGCUGGAAACCUCUCACGGAUGCUCUCCCCUCCUGCGCCACCGAAGCCUGUGUCGUUGUGAUGAAAGAGGUCAUUGUUUCGGAAGAAGUAGAAGAGGACAAAGUGGAAUCUUUCCUUCGGUCACUCGCCUUCCUGCCCAAACCCACCACAGGCAUGAUCGAGGCGCUAGCUACUCUGCUGAAGUUACCAGGAGAAAGACAGAGUGCAUUUUUGGGAAUAUCAGCCCUGGUGAAUCACUUCUGCUCCAUGAGGAAUGACUGUGUCCAGGAACCGGCCGUGAGAGGCAUUAUGAAGAUUCUGGAAGGGCGGCUGGGAAGGAAAUGUACCUUGCAUGAUUCCAGGGGAAUUGGACAGCGUGCUGCCUUGCUCCAUCUGUAUCAAAACUACAAUGAGAAUGUAGAGAUAAGAAUUGCUUCUUAUCUGAUGUCCAUGAAAUGUCCGAGUGAAGAGUUGUUUAACCAAGUGAAAAGGACUCUGCAGGAGGAGAAAUCCAGCCAAGUGGGUUCCUUCGUCUGGAGUCAUCUUUCCGAACUCCUGGGAACAGAUGAUCCACUGAAACAGCAUCUUAGGAAUUCCCUUCCGGAUGACAUCCUUGACAAGCACUUUGAUGGGGAGACAUGGAAGUAUUCCUCAUAUUCAGAUGCUACCAUCCGUUCAGCAGGAACGGAAGCAGGUGCAAAUGCCGAGACCAGGAUCGUCUUUUCACCCUCCUCUUUCAUCCCUCGUUCGCUAGCAACCAACCUGACCAUCCAUCUCCUGGGACGGGCAGUCAAUCUCCUAGAGGUUGGGGUAAGGCUGGAGAAUGUGGAGGACACAGUGCAGAAAUUCUUUGGCUUCCAGCCAGUUCAGAACGCCAAAGGAAGUUUCUCCAGGCCGGAGCCUCCAGAUGAGACCAUACACCAAACUCCUCCAAAUAAGCCAAGACCCAAGAGAUUCAGCCACCACGGUGACCUCCCUCCCAAAGAACACAAGCCCAGGUUAAGAAAGGAGGAGAACUGCCCAAGGGAGCAGUACAAUAAGAUGAGUGAGUUAGUGAAACAGUUUACCAAAAGAAUGGGAAAGAAGAAGCCCAGAUGUGCUCUGAGCAUGAGAAUCUUUGGGAAUGAGCUUGUCAUUCUGGACUGUGGGGAUCUCAGAAGUCAAGCCAAACACCACUACCUGAAUCUGGCAGAACUCAUGGUGAAACUAUUGAAGGGACAAGACAUCCAGUUUAACAAAAGGAUGAGUUUGGCAACAGAGGUGCUUCAGUUUCCAUCCCUCUCUGGUUUGCCGGUCCUACUUGCCCUGAACGCCUCGGCAGCAGUCAACGUGACGAUGAAGGGCAACCUGGACUUCAAGUCAAGGCACCAUUUCUUUGUCAACGGCUAUAUCAAGCCAAGUGCUGUCUUUCAAUUAUCUGCUCAGAUGGGAACAGUGGGAGCUCUGGGGAAAACUGGUCUGAGCUGGUCAAUGGGACUGAGGUCAUCCACUAGCCUUGAUGGAGGGAUCCAGGUGAAGAAGGGGAAGGAGCUUAAAGUGUUUUUGAAUACUCCUGAAGAAUCCAUGGAAAUCGUUGAUUUCAGCUCUAAAUUAUUUUUAAGAACAGCAGAGGAAACAGAAACUGUGGAACGUUUCUCAGACCACAUCGAAACUAAAUCUUGCACAAAUGAAGAUGUGUCCAAGGCACUCGGCUGGCAACUGUGCUCAGAGUUUUCUUACCCUGCCAAUGAAACCAGUGGCUUCCUCUUCCCUUUCUUCAGACCAGCAAAAGCUGCCGUAACAUUAAAGAAGCAGGACAGAAACCUACACCAGUACUUACUAAAAGCUGCCUACAGUUAUAAUGCUCAGAGGGGUUCCUGGAUCCCAAACGAAGCUGGCCUGCAUUUCUUUAUGGGGACUCCAAAAGCAGAGCUGCAAAGGGAUGUGGCCAUCCACAUCCAUGCCAGCCUCCCCCAGAAGAAAUUUGGAAUUGAAUUUAUCCACCCAAAGAGAAAAAUAAGAAUGAACGGAAGAAUCGAAACCUUCAGGAACACCCGUGCUGGGCAUCUGGAACUAAUACUAGAUGACGGCAGUUUCUAUUAUAUCAAGGGAAGGUCAGAUCUGCAAGCAGUGCCUGGAGAGCAGAGGUACUCAAUCCACCUGGAAGCAAAGCUGCUAAAACAUGGAAGCCCCAUCAUCCUCUCAGGAAACGUGACAAAGCAAGCCGGCAAGAAGAUGGCAUUUUCAGCAUCCUUGAUUAACCUGCUGAAGGACACUGCUUUUCUUGCAAUGUGUUUGGAGAAAAAGGCAGACGACAAGCUGAAGCAGUAUUCUUUGGAAGGGGAAGGCCACCUUCCAGGGGUGCUCGGCUCCCACGUCAUUGCUCUUCUGCAGCAACGAGGGCGUGUUUGGUCCAGUGCCCUGAGAAUUAAAUACGGAUUGUUCGGCAAGGCGAAACAGCUUCAGCAUGAGUGUAACAUGGGCCAGAAGUUAAAAGUGGAGAACCGCUUGCGGGAGGCCGACACACUGGAUCUGGACCACGAGCUGCACUGCUCUCAGAUUCUCACCUACAACCACAAGGUUCGUCUGCAUCAUGAAGAAACCGCAUCUCAGCUGCAGUCCCAGCUGGAGGUGAACUAUGGAAAACACUGGGAUGAAAUCAACAAUAGGAAAAGGGUGACGAUCAGCCAGAUAUUUAGAAAUAACUCUUACCCAGCUUUGACCAGCUAUUUCAUGGAGUUCUCAGUCCAAGUGCCGGAGAAGCAAGUGGACUACAGAACCCAGCUGCAGCACUCCCAUGCCAGCCAGAACUACCCCGAAAGUAGCACCAGCCUCAAAGUGCAUUACAACAACCGCACGCCCGUCGUGGCUGGGCUGCAGUGGAAAGACUCGUCAAGGCACCCUCUGAAGAAAUGGGAAGGAACGUUCAACAUGGACACGCCCUGGCUGUAUCUGUAUGCAGCUCACAAGCUACACCAACCCCAGCGUUCAGCUUAUGUGGCCACCGUGGACUUAGCAGCCGGGAAAGCUUUCGUCCUCAAGGGCCUGGCACUGGAACUCUUCUGCAGAGACAGAGACGGGGAACAGGAAGGGCGGAUCCGGAUCUACGCACCGGCGACGACUUACCUGCAGGCGUCCACCGUCAAUCGCUUCAGGAAGGGCUUUCUGCACAGCCAGAGUGAAGUGGGGUCUCUGUGGACCCAGCCCAUCAAGAAUGAGAUCCACCUGGAGAACAACGACCAGGCCAAGGUUUUCCACUUCACAAUCAAGUCCGCAAAGCAAGAAAUCAACAUGACAGCAGCUUACUUCCACCUGGAGAUGCCACAAAAGACCAAUGUGUCCGUACGGGGCGUGUGGAUGGAUCACAAGAGCCGAGCACUCGUGCUGCAGCUUGAGGCUCAGAUUGAAGAAGUGAGGAGGGAAAAAAUGUUCUACCAGAAACGUGGAACUGUCCAGUUCAGGCAUCCGUUUAAGCUGCCCAUUCCAGGAAGCUUCCUUAUCCAGGAAACCUUUACUGUGAAUAAAAAGGAGAAGCAUUACUACUUGGAAACCAAAGUGCUGGUAAAUGGAGUGGAAGAGUCGGUCCAGACUCUCACGCUUGGUUAUCAAGCAGAACACCCCUAUAUUUGUGCUAGAUUGGCUCAUCCCUACAACAGCCAGGUAUUCCCCCAAACCAUUGAAUUAUGCACUGCGGCUCGAACUCUCAGCCAGGCUAAAAGAGAGGUUGAAGCGAACCUGAAAACCAAUGGGGAAGAGAUACUCAGCUUCCUGGGGAAGUACCAUAACAAAUCUGGAGCAGGUGAUUCCCAACACCUUGUACAGAUGAAUAUGGCCCAUUCCUUCCAGCUCAAGUUUCCACAGUCACUUGCUGUGAAUGGAAAGCUCUUCUCAAGGGAAAUUAAGCCGGCCAAUUUUGCCUGGGGGGUGGCUGUAAAAACUACAAUCAACCAACAAGGCAUUUCACAGUAUCGUUCGUCAACGUUUACGCACAAUCUGAGACUUUACUUCUUUUCAACAUCUUUGUGCCGACAGUUCAGUGCCUGGCUGAAUGGAUCGGAUGCUGGAUUUGGAAUCUCCUCCCAGCUUCUUCACCUGAAUCAGUCAAACUUUGCUCCAAGUUUUAAGGUCCAUGCUACCACAAGUCGAUAUGGUGGACAGAACCACAAUGGAUCCUUCUACCUUCAUUCCGGGGGAAAAGAUCUAAUCAUGCUGGAAGCUGACUUUGUCCGUGAGAUGAGGAAGAACACCCAAACUCUCCAAGCGAGCACUCUCCUAAAGCAGGCCAUCGUAACCCAACCGGAAUGUUUAUGGCUGCAGUUCACAGGAAAGAGGUCGCCAGCAAGGGUUACGCUGUCUUCUGCAGUGAAGCUGAACGAGCAGUCCUUUCGCCUGGGCGUUACUGGGUCAAAGGAGCAGAAAGGGGGACCGGUGCUCACCCUCCACAGCAGCAUCCAGCACAACCUGGAUGGGGUGACGCGCUUGGUGCCCCAGGAGCUUUCCCUGGAUGGCUCUCUCAAGUGCAAGAACAACCUUCACGAAGGCAUUCUGAGAGUGAUGGUUAACCAGUCCGCGUUUGGGAUACACAUCCGGACCCGAAAUGCCUUUGGGAAUGCAAGCUUCCACAACAUCACUGUGGGCAUGACACAGAAUGUCAGUCAGGCUUUCCUGAAAGAGGCAAAGAUCAGAGGGCAGCUGGAGCUCCAGAGAGGCCUCCAAAAAUGUGCAGUCAGCAUUCGGAUGGACACCGGAGCUCUCUGCGUGGAUCUCUCAAACCUCAUCCUUCAGGAGCAGAUUGGUGUCACGGGCUCGGUCGUGCACAACUUCAGCACUUUAUCCUGGGCAGGGCUCCCUACAGAAAAUAGGAUCGCAGCCACCUAUGGCCACAGGGAGAGCAACCGCACUGGCACUCUCAAACUUCAGGGAGGCGGCAAAAGGCUCACGGCCACAUUCAGAGCUGAGAAGCUCCCCUCACCCUUCCAAGCUCAGCUCACCAUGAGCCUCACGCACAACCUCGCGGAGCUCAAGCAACGUGGGAUGCCUUUCAGCGCCGGAGGCACGUGCUACUACCGAAAUUUCAGCCAGAAGCUUGCAGUGGGGGUGAUGAUCCAGGCUGGUGAAGAAGAGUUUGCGGUUGAACUGGAGAAUCGAGGCAACAACAGUGCAGCUGGGUUUUCCCUAUUCUUCCAUCACAACAUGGGACUCCUUCAGAUCAUCCCAUCAGUAAUACAGGCACCAGCAAGAAUUUUGCUGAAUGGAUCCAUGUUUUCUAGCAACUGCACAUCCCACGCAACUGAGGAGGGCAUUUCUGCUGACAACUUGGCUCAGUCCCAUCUCCCCCCAGCCCGCAGCCCCAGGCAUACGGCGGAGAUCCACCUUAGCCAUGUAUGGCCUUACCUCGGGUCUUUGGGCCUCGCCCAAGAGAACUGGAUAAAAUUAUCUGCUGUGGAAGGAGAGGCGUACAAAGGCCUUAUGGAAGUUGCGCUUGGGGGAUGCAUGUUCACAGGCAAUGGAGAACUGAGUCCGAUGGGUGAAGCCACAGCUGUGAGAUGGAGAGUUAUUCUUCUGAAUAAAUGUGACCUUUUGGAGAAUGUGAAGAUACCGCUGAAUCUAGACUCUGGCGGAUCCUUCCUCCAAAACAACGGCAAUGCCACUUUAACCUCGUACUUCCGGAGUGACGGCCAAGCAGCUGAUGUGCAGCUGGAGAUGUCUUCUGUAGAGAAAUACACCUUGCGAGGGACACUGACUCACUCGGUCUCCCGCCUCCAUGACUUAGGGCUACCUCCCAAAAACGCAGUGGCCCUCUCUGUGACCAAUGACAGCUCCAUCCUUGGAGGACGUCUGUCUCUAGAUGUGGGAAGCUGCAGCCUGGUGGCUCAGGGAGAAAUCCAACCCCAAGGCAGAAUGGAAUGGACACUGGAAAUGGAAACAGAUUGUACAGCUUUGCAGGAGCUUGAAGUCCCAACUAGAAUAGAUGCAUCAGGACACAUUUCCAUGGGUAAAAUGCACCUGGACUGCCAGGUGAUGCUUACCUUGGGUGAAAAGACUCUACAUGGACUCCUCCUGCUGAAAGUCACAAAUAGGACUCAGGAUUUUCACGCACAGCUGGGCCACAAUGUCCAAGGAGCCGCCCUGCUUGGCAUUCCUGGAAGGACAGUGGUGGAUUUAAUUCUGGAAAGGGAUGCUACCAGUUGUAAAAGGUUGCUUCAGUUCAGUGUGGAUGAAAAACAGAUCGCAGAGGAGCUGAGCUUUACACAGGAGUCAGAUCGCAUCUCUCUCAACUACAGACUCUUGCAUAACUUAGAGACUCUGCAGGCCCUGUGGAUACAAGACCGGGUUGAGCUGCAGGCUAUUGCUGCAUUGCUGCCUGUGAAGAACCUAACGGCGAAGUUUCAGUAUGGCUCGUGCUGGGUCAUUUUCAGAGGACAAAUGCAAAAGACUGGCAAAAGACUAGAUUUCACAGGGGGCCUGCGCCACAAAUGGGCGUGGAUGCUCAAAUCUGACAUCCCAGAAGCCAUCCAGAUGAAGAUGUCCCUGGAAAGUAACAUCACUCUGCAGAGAUGGGUGCAGGCUGUGAGCGGACACACAUGGAUCGCGUAUACCGCUCCUUCUGUCCCUGAGGACCGGCGACAUGACAUGUUCUGCUGCAGUCUGCAUAAUGAUACAGCAGUGCCAGCAUCUAGCUACCCUAAUGCAAUCAAUUUGAGCUUCUCCCUACGAAAAUUAGAGAACAAAGCUGCAUUUCGAGGGCAGAAUAAUACCAAAAGUGCAGCAGUGACCACGGACACCUUUGCUGGCUCUGGAUUGUCUCGACCCUUUGAACUCGUGGCGGAAGCCAAGCAUUCCUUGCAUCACCUUGAGCGACUCGGGCUCCCCUUUGCCCUCAAGCUGACACUUCGUGAGAUUCUUUCUGCAAACAAGGUGGAAUCCUCCCUGAAACUGUCUUGUGAGCCAAACCUAAAUGUCUUAUUCAACAUCACUGCCAAAAGUAAAUGGCAAAGAGAAGAAUUGCAUAUCCAAUGUCUCCAGAAUCUGCCAUUUCUCCUACCGUAUUUCCCCACCAUGGCUGAGGUUACCUCCAAGGUAAACUACGCUACCAAAGAAGGAGAAGGGAAAUUUUCUGUUCAGAUGGAGAACCAGGAUCUCCAGGUCUGGACAAAACUAGCAUUCACUGGGACCAACCAAACACACGUUCUUCAGCUGAGUCACACUAUACCCCAGUUCACAAUUCUUCCAAGGCAAUUUAUUCUCACAACAGCCUACCAAAAGAGCAGGAGGAUCCAAGGAUGGAGUUGCAAUGCAUUGUGGGAUGGCCAAGAGGCCUCAGCCACAGGCAUCUAUACUGGGCUCUUCCCAAAAAUGUUGGGAAGCCACAACAUAAAGGUGGAGAUCUGCCACCCUUUCCUGAUCCCUUUCCCUCAGCAUUCCGCGUUCAGCAUGCACGCGAAGCAUUCCGCGCAUACCCACAGGGAUGAGAUUGUUGUCCGCUGGAACAGCAAGGAACAGGUGUCAGUCUCCUCUUCUCUCAAGCUUGGAAAGGACCGUAUCAGUUACGACGCCUCUGUGGCACACCCUUUCAACUUCACGGUGAAACACGUGGAGGUUAGUUCCCUGACUGAGCAAAGGAGCGGCGCCUACAAGCAGCAGAUGCAGCUUGCAUGGGAUGAUGGAGAGCCAGCCCAUCUGAAAUACAGCUUUGGGGACAAGUCUAAGGCCAACAUCACUCUUUGGGAUGCUUGUAUCGCAGCAUCUUCGAGCCAGCUUCGGAACAUUCUCCCUGCGACAAGUCUCCAGGCCUGCGGCUCCCUGGAGCAGACGGCAACCGAGUCUCACCAACACCUCGAUCUGAAGUGGGACGGAAGGAAAAUCGCACAGACUCUGACUUACGAGAAAGGCCAGCCGUCGCGACUGGAUAAAAUUCAGGUAGAAGUCAUCCUGGACGACGCCGUCGUGCCUUCGUGUGCCGGGCAGCGUAUUCUUGGAAGAGUCGAAACGGACUACUCGGCCUGGCUGCUUCAUGACAUGAGCCUCGACUUCUGCGGCCUUCCAGGUGCAAUCACGCUCUCUGGAAAACAUCACCUGAACAAGGGAGAUGUUCUCUUGCAAUCCGAAGGCAGACUGACCCUUUCUGGUGAUGAGGGGUUGAUUGUGGUGUCUUUAAGGAAUCAGAGCCAAGCCAAAGUGCAGAACUAUUCAACGGAAAUUUUACUACAAGCAUCCGAUGUUCUUUGGCUGGAUGUAAUGGGGAGGGUGGUCUCCUCAACUGCUCAAAGCCAAAUCCUGGUGGAGGGAAAGAUGGACCCCCAGGAGAAAGUAAGAGUUGAGGCUUUCAGAGGAAAGGGGUGUCUCCGUUACUACAUGGGGUACCUGAAAGGGAAUUCUGAGGAGGGCUUGGAGGCCGCCCUUUGCAUGGAGAGUUGGCAGCACGCUGCUCUCCGUGUCCACCGCCUUGCGGAUGGGGAAAGGCGUGACGAAGUCGGGCGCUUGUCCCUGGAGGCCUCCAACCAGAGCGUGGCCUUGAGGGCCCACGGCUGCGGCAGCCCAGCUCUUCAGACCGAGUCAAAACUGGCAGAGAUUGCGUCUGAUCUCCAGCAAAGACUGGUGGCAAAAUUUAACAAGCUGGAAGAUCGCCUCGAGGGUUUCCGAAAAUCGGUGCAACACGUGGAAUUCCUCCACGCCGCCUUCGGGUGGCCCAUCAAGGCUUCCCAGGAAGUGGCGGCAAGCCUGCAAAGCCGGAUGAGGGAGAUCACCCAGGUGUGGAGGGAGAGCGGGGUCAAGCGGCUGCUACAGGACUACCUCCCUCUCUACCUGGGCAAGCUUCAGGACAUCAUGCAGCAGGUGCAGAUGGAACUGCGAAAGCCGUUAGCAACACUGAAGGACGUCUAUUACGAUGUGACUUCGAAACGCUUUGAUGAAGUGUGGCAGCAGAAGACAGAGGCGUAUCUGCAGAAGCUCCAAGCGUUCGUGCCCACGAUCGUGAAGGACACGUGGCUGAUGGAGCCGGUUCGGGUUUCCUUAAGAGCACUGAAGAUGGGCUUAGACAUGGCAACGCAGCAGAUGCUCAGCUGGGCAGAAGCCAAGUUUUCCAGAGCGGUGAGGAAGCUCCAGAAGUCUUUAUCGAACCUGUACCAUUUUUCAGCCAGAAACUGCUCUGUGGUGGUGAGACUGCCAGUGAUGCCCCAAGGGGAGCCCACGUUGCACGUGACCAACCUGACGAACUAUCUCAUUGGAGAGAAACUGAUAAAGCCUCUCCGGAGCCUUCAUCACAUCGCCUUGGCUGCAGAAUACUACAGGUUCAAGCGAAGCAUGGUGGAGAGCCCGUUUGAGCAUCAUGCCCUGUUGAUCGGAAGCAAGCAUCUGCGCACGUUUGACGGGAAGAUGUACAGGCUGAGCUCCAACUGCAGUGUGCUGCUGGCCAAGGACUUCCUUCGCGAUGCAUUCGCGGUGAUCUUAAACGUGAACAGAGGUGGUGAGCAGCUGUUGCACAUCGAGAUGAAUGGAACAGCUGUCAUUAUCCACCCGGAAGAGAAGAUCUACAAGAAGUACAACUAUUCCCUGUUGGAGGACAGCUGCCAGCACAUUGGUAUUCCACUCAGAGAAAAUGGCAUUGCAGCUCAAAGAGAGUCAGACCACACAGAAGUGUCUGUCACAAGCAAAGGGGCUCUGUUUUCAUGUGACCUCUGUUAUGAACUCUGCACUCUUACCUUGGAUGGACGGCUUCACGGAGCUUCUGCUGGCCUUUUGGGUACCAAUGACAAUGAAGGUGGCAACGAAUGGAUGCUGCCGGAUCAUUCAAAUGCUGACAGCUUGCAGGAAUUCAUAGAUGCAUGGCAGGUGAGCAACACCUGCAGCCAGGUGACAAGAACUGACAAGCCGUGUCUCAAUAUACCAGGCUCCCAGACCUGCAAGGCCUUUUUCCAAGACCCUGGCUCCCUCUUUAGGAACUGCUUCAAAGUAGUGGAUCCUGAACCAUUCUAUGAACUCUGCACAACUGACAUGUGUGAACCGCACAGCAUAAAGGAAGCCUGCUCCCUGGCUGCAGCGUUUGUGCACUUGUGCAACCGAAAUUUUGUUCCUCUGCAGAUGCCACUUCAAUGUGGAGGUUUCCUGGGUGAUAAUCCAGCCCUCGGGCAGAAAAAGACCCCCUGCCACCUGGUCCAGAUGGAGAUCUGGUGA